AUUUUUAUUAGUACGCAACUUUAAAAUGCAAAUUUUAAGAACGGCAUAAGGAAAAUGUCCGAGAAAAAACAACUAUCGGUACUAUAAAGAAAAAUGCUGCUAGAAAAGAUGGAAGAAAAUCCUCAAUUAGUUAAACAAAAGUUUACAAACCAAUAUACUAGUAGGGAUAUGCAGAACAAAUGGAUCGAAAUUACGCAAAUACUAAAUUCUGUUCCAGGUGUAAAAAAAGAAUGGAAGGAAUGGAGAAAGACUUGGAGCGACAUAAAAUGUUACACCAAAAAGAAAAAAGCAGAAAAUGUUCGAUCCAUGAACAAAACUGGGGGUGGGCCAGAUACGACCCACGUAUUGAAGAGAAAGUUCUGGAUAUCAUUGGCGGAGACAUUCUAAUUAAUGGAGUAGAAGUCCCGAAGGUUGGCUUACCUCUGCCAAUAGAAGCCUUAAAUCCAAAUAUGUCAAUAUCCACCGAAAAUAAUGAAAAUCUUUAUGAUAUGGAUGUUAAGAAUGAUCAUAUACAAAUCAUACCUCAAAAUGAUGAUGUAAUUCUUCGAAACAUUCAUGAAAACAAGGAAGAAGGUGUGGCCUUACUGGAAGAUAGUUCCUACCAUGAACAUAGUUCCAGUAAGACCACACCUCUCCAAGUAAGGCCACCGAAGAAGAACAUAUAUACAAAAAGCAAUAAAAAAACUAAUUUAAAAGCUUCUAUUGAGCAAGCAAUAGAGCUUGCUAAAAUAGGAAAAGAAAAAAAUGCAAUAAAACGGGAAUAUUACAAACAAAAACUUGAAAUAAUGAGAGAAAAUAAUAAAAUACAAGAGCGCAUAGCAAUUAGUAUUGAGAGAUUGUUGGAACAUCGAAAUGGAAAAAAGAUUUUUCGGAAUGGGUUCAGAAGAACAGGUAUCUGGCCGUUCAAUGCCGAUAUAUUCAAAGGUUGUGAACUCGCCGCUGCAGAAACAACUAACACUAAAGUAGCUCCAUAUCAAAACCCCUCUACCUCCAGAAAGGCCAAUAUUUCACAAUCUUCGGAAAAUGGGCAAAACAACGGGAGUAGCUCAGAAGGUGAACUUCCGCUAGCAGCCUUGGUAGCUUCGCGGAAAAAGCAGUUCCUGAUAACAACUCUUCGUCGUCUAAAGUAA